CUGUAUACAGCAGCAGGUAGCUGCACGAGGUCCUUUGUAGAAAGAGAGUUUAAGAGUUUUCAGCUAACUUAUUUAAGGUUUCUUUUUUUUACUUUGUAUCGUUUGACAAAGCUGACAAAGCCGGAUUUUUUUUCGCAAUGCCACUGCCCAGCACAGUUUCUAUGAGAAAGGGCUCCACUGUUCAGAAGGUAACUUUACCUGGUGCCAAGUCAACUAAAGCUUUAAGUAAGAAAAAGGAUGAGGAAGAGGGUGUGGAUACGGCUGAUGGAUGGGAGGAGUGGUCUCAUGGGAAAGCACUUAUUAAACCUCCAGAUCAACUGGAGCUCACUGAGGCUGAGCUGAAAGAGGAAAUAACAAGGAUCCUGACUGCAAACAACCCACACGCCCCUCAAAAUAUUGUCCGCUACAGCUUCAAGGAACGUUCCUACAAGCCUACAAGUGUUGUGGAUCAGAUGGCCGUUCACUUUGUGUUGGAGGGCAGCCUCCUGCAUCAAGACUCUGAUGAGGCUCGUAGACUGAGGGCCAAAGAGGGUCUCUCUGAGGAGACUACAACUGUUGAUACUGGAGCAGAGCCUAAUGAGGAAAAACCAGAAACCCCGGCAACACCUGUAGAGGAUGGAGGGGAAGUGGAGGAAGCUGGAGAAGAGGACAGACCAGACAGUGUUGUCUCCAAAACUGACAGGAAGGAGCCAAAAGCUACAAACCAGUUCAACUUCAGUGAAAGGGCCUCCCAGACCCUCAAUAAUCCACUGAGGGAAAGAAGCUGCCAGACCGAACCUCCUCCACGCAGCGUCUUCUCUGCCACUGCUAAUCAAUGGGAAAUCUAUGAUGCGUAUGUGGAGGAGCUGCAGAAACAAGAAAAAAAUAAGGAGAAGCAGAAAGCUGUGGUGUCAAAGAAAGAGAAUGACAAAAGCAAGAAGAAGAUGAUGCUGAUGGAGACCCAGAAUGAUGACAUCACCAAAGUGGGAAAGGCGUCCAAGAUCUUUGAACGAAUGGUCAAUCAGAAUACUUUUGAUGACAUAGCACAAGAUUUCAAAUAUUUUGAGGAUGCUUCUGAUGAGUUCAGGGACCAGGAGGGCACCCUCCUCCCUUUGUGGAAGUUUCAAUAUGACAAAGCCAAACGACUGUCUGUCACUGCCCUCUGCUGGAAUAAGAAAUAUCAGGACCUGUUUGCUGUGGGAAUGGGAUCAUACGACUUCAGUAAGCAGGGGCGUGGCAUGCUUGUCUACUACUCGUUGAAGAACUCUGCCUUCCCAGAGUACAUCUACCCCACCGAUUCUGGCGUCAUGUGCCUCGACAUCCAUGAGCAGCAUUCCUACCUGGUAGCGGUAGGCUUCUAUGAUGGCUGUGUGGCUGUCUACAACUUGAAGGAGGAGGGACUGGAGCCUGUAUAUAAAAGUACAGCUAAAACCGGCAAGCACACGGACCCCGUCUGGCAGGUGCGCUGGCAGAAGGAUGACAUGGACAAUAAUCACAAUUUCUAUUCUGUAUCAUCUGAUGGCCGAGUUGUGUCCUGGACACUCGUCAAGAAUGAGCUGGUCUUUACAGACAUUAUCAGACUGUCACUAAAUGGAGCCAUCUCUGAGGGGCCAGAAGGUGCACAGCAGCUUGGCACUGCCUGCGGUACAUCGUUUGACUUCCACAAACAGAUCGACUUUCUCUUUCUAGUUGGCACCGAGGAGGGGAAAAUACACAAGUGCUCAAAGACAUACUCAAGCCAGUUCCUGGAGACCUACAGUGCCCACAGCAUGGCAGUGGAUGCAGUAAAGUGGAACCACUUCCACCCAAAGGUUUUCAUCUCCUGCAGUUCAGACUGGACUGUCAAGAUCUGGGACCAUACCAUCAACACUCCCAUGUUCACCUUCGAUCUGAAUGCAGCUGUUGGUGAUGUUGCGUGGUCUCCAUACUCCUCCACUGUAUUCGCUGCUGUCACAACAGAUGGAACAGUUCAUGUCUUUGACCUCAGCAUCAACAAAUAUGAGGCUAUCUGCCAGCAGCCAGUGGUGGCCAAAAAGAAGACCAGGCUGACUCACAUUGAGUUUAAUCCCAUCUAUCCUAUCAUCAUAGUGGGUGACGACCGAGGCUAUGUCAGCAGCCUCAAACUCUCCCCUAACCUCCGUAAAAAACCCAAGGGCAAGAAGGGUCAAGAGCUGCCUAAGGGUCCAGAAGUGGAAGUAGCCAAGAUGGAGAAGCUCCUCAGUCUGCUGAGGGAACCAGAGCAAAGCGCAGUUUAACGUUGGCUUGCCAACAUAGCAACAUGGUACAAUCUUUUAUUCUCAUUCAUAAAAAAAGGAAGGGAAAAAAAACAUUCGCUCAGUGUGUGCAACAGUAAACAGCAUCAACAAGACAACAGUUUGUAUGUUUCUUCUGAUCUUGUUUAAGCUGUUAAUAAAUUAUUCAUGUUCAAUUAAUAAUGCAUUUAUUUAUACUGCGGUACUUGAUACAUAUUAAACAGGCAACAUUAGAAUUCCAUUGACUUGACUGACCUCUUCUGCAGGGAUUUAUUAAACCAAUUCCAUGUAUUGUACAAGUUGAUUAAGCUAAAAAGUGAAGGGGGAGAGUUACUGCAAGUGAACAGGGAGAUAAAUUAGCGUAAUAGAUUGAGCAUUUCUGGACUUUAUCCAGACAACUUAUCUUGGCUGGCACCCGUCGUCCUGGGCAUCCAUCCAGGGAUGAGCUAGAAGCCUUUUAAUAUCCCAUCUACGGGGAGAACUUUGCUUUGACUCAUGGCGGCAUCCGUUUUUAUUUUGUCUGUUUCUCCGUCCCUCUCCGUCUUAAUGAUCUUGUCCUUCAGUGAAGUACCACCCAGUGCUUUGAUGCUCAACUGGAAUCAAAUGUUGCCACAGUGCUCACUCUCUUUCCCUCUCCCUGCUACAGAGAGCAUCUCAGCCCUUCACAUCUUCCUGCAAACACAUGCAGCACUCUGUCCCUAAAGUGUGAUUCAUUACUUCAUCUCCACAAGUUCAGUUAGAGAGGGACGCCCAGUCACCUCAUUUCUACAGACAAUGCGUAAC